ACAAUCAUGCUGUCUGGCAGCUGGCGUCGAGGAACCAUCAUGCCCCCUUUGAGCAGCCCGAUCGGGGGUAAAGGCGGGUCCAGACUGGGAAGUACCGUGAUACUGGAAGCGCAGUAUGACUACUCGUACCGUGGUGCAGACGGGCGUUCGGUGUCCAUACAUGAGGGCGAACGCUUCAUGCUUCUGAAGAAGACCAAUGCAGACUGGUGGCAGGCGAGAAGGAUUGGGGUGGGAGUGAAGGCCAAACCGAUUUAUGUGCCCGCCACAUACGUCAUAGAGCUGCCCGUCAGCACGUUCCGCCCCUCGCUGCCCAACAGACAAUUAGAAUGUGACAGUUUCAAGAUGAUUCCUCGCAGUUCACUCACGCCCUGCAUGCAAAGUUACGGCGCAGUGCCCGAUAAACAGUUCUGUCGUUCUAUGGAGAAUCUCAACAGCGGCAGAGCUUUAAUGGACACACGUGUCGGUGGAGUGUUUCAAAAAGGGCAUUUCCCAACAUUACCACUCUCCGGUUCCUCUGCCUCGCCCUCGGGUCACCUCGCUGUUCCGGGUGGGUUUUUGAAUUCUGGAGGCCCAAUCGCCCGCAGCCAAAGCUCCAGUAAUCUACCCCAGAACCCGUACCAGGACUCAAACGGCUCUAAACCCGGUAUAACCAGCCCCAGCAAAUCCUACAGCCAAUGGGACAUGAGCAGCUCUGCACGCCGAUACACCGACGGGAACAUACAGCUUUCAUCUCCAGCAAACAUUUCCCAGAAUUCCUUGUCAGAGCAGGGGAGGAGACAGUGGGCAGAGCCUCCCAAGCCAUUGCCGGGACAACGGCCACUGCAAACACUGGAGCCGUGGGAUCAGUACCGCGACCCUAGUUCUGGGCGCUGUUAUUACAUCAACACCUUUCUGAAAGAGCUCGUGGAAACCUCCACGGCGAUCCCACUGUCACCUGACUUCACCUUCAUUCCUCACGAUGCCAAUGGUUGGCAGGUGAAUCAGAGGAUGCAGUGCACUGUGUCAUCAGAUGCUCUCAGCUCGAACUCAUCCAGAUAUGAGGAUGCUUAUUGCAGGAACUGCGCUCCAGCAGGGGGCGUGUCCCACUUGAACCACUCCUACUCCAUGGUUCUGCCAUCACAAACGCAGAGGACAUCUGCAAACGGCAAGUCGGAUUACAGGGCAGUUGUUGAACCCCCGUCACCUGACAGCUCUCCAGACAGUGAAGGAGUCACACCGGAGCUAGAAAAGGCCGGUCUGCUCAACAAAACCAAGAUAGCAGAAGGAGGCAGAAAACUGAGGAAAAACUGGAACCCGUCUUGGGUGGUUUUGGUGGGAAACAGUCUUGUAUUCUUCAAAGACCCCAAAAGCCAGAAUCAUGACAGCUGGAAACCAGGUCACAGUCGUCCAGAGAGCAGUGUGGAUCUGAGAGGAGCUCAGCUGCUGUGGGCCAAUGAUCUCUCCAGCAGAAAGAACGUCUUUAAGCUCAGGACAGUUACAGGAAAUGAAUUUUUGCUGCAGUCAGAAACGGACUCUCUCAUCAGAGAAUGGUACAGAACCAUCCAGAAAGUGAUUGACCGACUGGACAAAGAGAAUCCUCUAGAUAAUAUGUUGCUGUAUUCCCUGAGGAGAGCGGGAUCAGUGGAGAUGUUGGACCAGAGUGGAGAUGAAGAUGAAAAUCGAGGAAGACUCAAAGCGUCACUCCCUCGCUCCACCUCGAACUUGGAGAACUCUGAACGCAAGCGUGUGAAGAGCCGUUUGAAGAAGUUGAUUCUCAGGAGACCUCCACUGCAGGCGCUUCAGGAGAAAGGACUCAUUAAAGAUCAGGUGUUUGGUUGUAGUUUGGAGCUGCUGUAUGACCGAGAGAAAAACACAGUUCCACAGUUUGUCAGGAAGUGCACAGAGGCCGUUGAGAGAAGAGGGUUGGAGACUGAUGGUAUUUACAGGGUGAGCGGGAAUCUAGCGGUCAUUCAGAAACUUCGCUUUGCUGUCGAUCAUGAGCGAGCGAUCACCACAGACGGCAGAUAUCUCUUUCCUGAGGGUUUAGUUCAAGAGCGCUUGGAUCUGGAUGAUCCGCAGUGGGAGGACAUUCACGUCAUCACUGGGGCGCUGAAGCUGUUCUUCAGAGAAUUACCCGAACCACUCGUCCCGUACGGACUCUUCCAUGACAUCGUAGAGACCGUCAAAAUACCUGAUUACCUGGAUAAGGUGGACCGACUGAAGCUGCUGGUCAUCAGCAUGCCGCCGCCAAACCACGACACCUUGAAGCACAUGAUACGACACCUCAAACGUGUGAUGGAGCAGUCCAACAGCAAUCGCAUGACGACGCAGAACAUCGGCAUUGUGUUCGGCCCGACUCUCAUGCGUCCAGAGAACGAGUGUGGAAACAUGGCCAUUAACAUGGUGUAUCAGAACCAGGCCAUUGAACUCCUGCUGAGUGAAUAUGAGCAGAUCUUUGGACCCAAGGCCGCCGGCUCUUAUUAAGACAAGAACCGCAGAGUGACCUCACAGAACCGUGAGAUGAGACGGACGGACGGGUUAUCUGUCUUUACACACUUCUAAUCCACAAGAUGGACAAAUUCAUGGAGGUUUUUCACGUCUUCCAAAGCAAAAUGAGCCUCAUAUUUCACCUCAAAACGAUAAGAAAAAAAUAAGAAAUUAUAUUUUGCAAAAAGAAAAUGAAAAUUUUUUAUUGGGACCAUUAAGAGUCAUGUUUUACAAGAUUACAGUAAAAAAAGCGUAAUGGCAUUUACGCGCACGCGCGUGUGUGUACCUGCGUGUGUGUGUGUGGGCGCGUGCGUGCGUGUUUGUGUGCGUGUUUGUGCGCGUGCGUGUGUGUUUGUGUGCGCGGGUGCGUGUUUGUGCACAGGUGUGUGUUUGUGCGCGGGUGCGUGUUUGCGUGCGUGCGUGUUUGUGUGCGCGUGCGUGUUUGUGUGCGCGGGUGCGUGUUUGUGUGCGUGCGUGCGUGUUUGUGCACGGGUGUGUGUUUGUGUGCGCGGGUGCGUGUUUGUGUGCGUGCGUGCGUGUUUGUGCACGGGUGUGUGUUUGUACGCGGGUGCGUGUUUGUGUGCGUGCGUGUUUGUGUGCGUGUGUGGUCUCUAUCUGAACUCUAAGAUCUUCCCUAGUGCCUUUUUAAGUGUUUUAUUUUCAAACUAUUUCCAUCUUUGAGCAAAUUUAAUGCACAAUGCAAAGAUGUAAAGCUGUCAAAUAAAGCUGUAAGUGUCACUCAAUAAUGAUGAAGAUCAGCGCAGGGCAAAUGUUGAACACAUUCAAUCAUUUCAGUCAUUAGACGCCUUUUAAUAGACAAAUAAAACGUUGCAUAAUUCACUCCAAAAUGUGACAAUUCCAUUCCCAUUGUUCCAGUGUGUGUGCGUGUGUGUGUGUGUGUGUGUGUGUGUGUGUGUGUGCGCGCCACUCGCUCUGCUGCCAUUUGUCCAAAACUCUGCUUUUAAUAACAGAACAAAAGAGAAACUAAAAAUGCAUAUGUUUAAAAAAUGUCCCACACGCUGUGGUUUGGUAAUUUUAUAUGGACUGUGGCUUUGGCUGGAGACAUAAAGAGCAACAGAGAAAGCCUACAUGGAUUUUAAUGUCCCAUUUUAUAUAUUUAUUCUCUUUUUGUUCUUAUUUCAAUUCUCUGAGGGGCUCUGAAGGGGUUUGUGGAGGUUUCUGAUGAAGGUCAUUUCAACACAGAACACAAACGACUGAAGAUGUAUAAUUAUUUUUUAUAGUGUGAAGUUAUUUUUGCCCGUUUGUCUUUGUGCCAGUAAUCUCGCAGAAACCAAUGAAAGCCCAUUUCUGCCUCAUAAACCUGUGACGCUCAAAAGGAUGCGAUACAAAGUCCUAAUUAUGAGAUUAAAAGACAAAAUUGAGAUAAAGUUAAUAUUUUGAGUCAAAUUUAUGAGGUAAAAAGUCUCUAUUAUGAGAUAAGAUGAAGUUAUGAGAAAAAUUCAUAAUUAUAAGAUAAAAGUCAAAAUGGAGAAAAAUUCAUAAUUAUGAGAUAAACAGUAACAUUUUUGAAAAAUUAGAAAUUAUGAGAUAAAGUUAAAAAUUGAGUCAAUUUCAUGAAAUAAAAAUUCAUAAUGAUGAGAUUAAGUCAAAACUAUGAGAAAAAUUCAUAAUUAUGAGAUAAAAAGUCCAAAUUGAGAAAAAUUCAUAAUUAUGAGAUAAAAAGUCAAAAUUGAGAAAAAUUCAUAAUUAUGAGAUAAAAAGUCCAAAUUGAGAAAAAUUCAUAAUUAUGAGAUAAAAAGUCAAAAUAGAGAAAAAUUCAUAAUUAUGAGAUAAAAAGUCAAAAUUGAGAAAAAUUCAUAAUUAUGAGAUAAAAAGUCAAAAUUGAGAAAAAUUCAUAAUUAUGAGAUAAAAAGUCAAAAUUGAGAAAAAUUCAUAAUUAUGAGAUAAAAAGUCAAAAUAGAGAAAAAUUCAUAAUUAUGAGAUAAAAAGUCAAAAUAGAGAAAAAUUCAUAAUUAUGAGAUAAAAAGUCAAAAAUAGAGAAAAAUUCAUAAUUAUGAGAUAAAAAUCAAAAUGGAGAAAAAAUCAUAAUUAUGAGAUAAAAAGUAAAAAUGGAGAAAAAUUCAUAAUUAUGAGAUAAACAGUAACAUUUUUGAAAAAUUCGAAAUUAUGAGAAAGUAAAAAAUUGAAUCAAUUUCAUGAAAUAAAAAUUCAUAAUGAUGAGAUUAAGUCAAAACUAUGAGAAAAAUUCAUGAUUAUGAGAUAAAAAGUCAAAAUAGAGAAAAAUUCAUGAUUAUGAGAUAAAAAGUCCAAAUUGAGAAAAAUUCAUAAUUAUGAGAUAAAAAGCCCAAAUGUUUCUAUGAAAAGCCUCAAUAAUGAGAUCAUCUCAUUAUCAUGAUUUAGCAUUUCAUAAUUACGACUUUAUAGAUUAAAAUUAUGACUUUGCAUCUCAUAAUUUUGACUUGCCCAAGCACAAUAGUUUAUGUAGGAAAUGGGUUUCCAUAGAAACCGUUCGGCCAAUUAGAAAAACCCUUCGUCAAAUGACUUGAUGUGAGGCCUGUGAUGAAUCGACUCAAAUAUGACAUAUUCUGUCAUAUACUCACUCUUAUGCUGUUCCAAACCCAUUUGAUUAUUUUCCCACACAAAAGGAGAUGUUUAGCAGAAUGUUCACGCUGCCCUUUACCUACAAUGAGAGUGAAUGAGGACUGACACCUCUAAAGCAUAAUAAAGAUAUAUUCCAAGUCUUCUGAAGACAUUUGAGAGCGCUUGUGUGAGGAACGGUUACAACAAGAGGGUGAGUAAAUGAUGACAGGAUUUUCAUAUUUGUGAACUGUCCCUUUAAGAGAAAUAGGCAUGUGUAAUAUAAUGAUUGUUCAUAGUCUGACUUCAUAAGUCCUCGUGUUCCUCGUCUCUAAAUGUUUAUUAUGUCUGUAAUCUUAAAUGUGGAACUCAUUUUUGUGUUUUUGUUUUCUGUGCGUUGAAUCUCAUGUAGCUGGAAAACAUUUCGUAGCCGAUGUAUCAUUUGCUUUUCCUCCCUUCAGACUCUGUAUUUCACAAUCAUUUGACAAUAAAAAAAGAGAAAAGUCAUUGAUUUGGAAAGAGUGCCCCUAUAACACGUGUGAAGGUGCCAUCCGGGCACAUUGGCAUGGGUAGUGCACACUACAGGGGGAGCACGAGUAGUGCGGAAGGAUGUUAUUGUGAGUGUGCAAAUGUAACAUUUUGUAGCAUCAUAAUAAUAAUAAUAAUGUAAAUUGAAUGUUUAUAUUAUUAGUAAGACUUUAACCGCAGUGUUUGAGUGUGUUCAGGGGGAGGCCUGGCAUCGGGGCAGGUUUGAGUCAGGACGGUAAACAGGGUGCCCCCACACGGUAACACAUUGCCCUCGACUGUCAUUAGAAAGAAACCUCGUCUGGUCAUUUCAGUCGGGAACCGUCCUCACACUUCUGAAGAAGAAAUCCGGUUUAGAAACAUCUGUGUUUAAAUUAUGUACAGUUUUAUUACAAAGGUUUUCACAUUUCAACAAAUCUUAAACAUUUGGAUAGAAAAUAACACUGAAACACGUGUGU